CUCAUUCUCGUUCUCCUACGCACGCGCCAUUCAUACUACCUCGUGUUCCUGUGGCAAUCGAUGACUACGUCCCUGCUGGUCGGUGCGGGCGCGCUUGGAAGCGUCUAUGCCUGGCGUCUGGAUGUUACAGUCGUGUGUAGGUCCAAUUACGAGGACGUCAAGAGGGAUGGAUUCUGUAUAAACUCUCAGAUAUUUGGCAAUAGCGUCUAUCACCCCCACAGGGUUGUGCGCACUGUCAAUGAGGCUGUCGCUGACGGACAGGUCUACGAUUUUGUGAUUGUGUGCACCAAGGCGCUGCCGAAUCGGGGCGAUACAUCGCAUAUCAUUGCCCCGGCAGUUCAGGACCCACAUACAGCCGUUAUGCUGAUCCAGAAUGGCAUCGGUAUUGAGGACCCGUAUGCUGUGCGGUAUCCAAACAACCCCAUUAUCAGUACUAUCUCGUAUAUUGAUGCCAAUCAGCCAAGCAGCGGUACCGUCAGACAUGGGACCCUCACGCUUCUGGACAUGGGCUUGUUCAACCCGACGGCUGCCAACUACGACGUCAAGUCGGUCCAAUCUCGUGUCAAGGAAAUCUGCCAGGCGUGGACCACCAGUGGCGUGGAAACCAGAAUAUCCGACAACAUCCAGGUAUCGCGCUGGUCCAAGCUUGUUUGGAAUGCCUCGUUCAACACUGUCUCGGUGGUCUCUGGUGGCAACGACACCAGGCAGAUGCUGGGUAGUCCGGAGUGCACAGAGCUGAUCCGCAAGAUGAUGGUUGAGGUGUUCAAGGCAGGGAAGGCAGUGACUGGAAGUGAGCUGACCUCGCUUAAUAACCAGACAACGCCCGAGGGUGUCAUUGAAGUCACAGAUAGGCUCCCAACAUCAACUAUUCCGUCGAUGUUGAUGGACUUCCGCGCCAAAAGACCACUUGAGUAUGCGGUUAUUCUGCGCAAUCCGAUAGAGCUGGCAAAAAAGCAUGGCGUCGAGGUGCCUCAUCUCGAGACUGUCUACGCGCUGCUGCCCAUGAUUGAGAAAGGUUAUCUGAAGUGAUCUCUAAUCGUGUGCAAUAAAUGAUGGUGCCUAUAUAGCAG